AUGCAGCUCACACAGCAAGGAUGGCCACCGUCAAAGGAAGAUGUACCACACUCAGUACGUGAGUACUUUACCUUUCGGGACGAACUCUCUAUGCAGAAUGGCGUAGUAUUCAAGGGCGAGCGUAUUGUUGUACCUGCAAGUAUUCGUGGCAACAUCAUGGAGAGAAUUCACUCAAGCCACAUUGGUGUGCAAGGGUGUAUACGACGAGCAAAAGAACUUGUCUACUGGCCAAACAUGGGACAGGAAAUAAUAGAUCUUGUAAGCAAGUGUGAACCCUGCAAUACCCUACAACAAGAACAAAGCAGGGAGCCUUUGAUCAGUCAUCAAAUUCCUACUCGUCCCUGGGAGAAACUGGGAUGCGAUUUGUUCGAGUUUGAUCAGAAAGACUUUUUGAUUACUGUGGACUAUUAUUCCGACUUCUUCAAAGUUGACAGGCUCCACAGCAAGCAAGCUCCUGAAAUCAUCAAGAAGCUCAAGUCACAUCUAGCUAGACAUGGGAUUCCGGAUCAGAUUAUCUCCGAUAACGGUCCACCGUUCAACUCUGAAGCUUUUCGUAAGUUCUCAGACAACUAUGAAUUUGAGCAUGUUACGUCAUCACCUCAUUACCCACAAUCCAACAGGAAAGUUGAAAGUGCGGUGAAGAUAGCUAAGAAGCUGAUGACAAAGUCACUACAUGCCCAAACUGAUCCUUACUUAGCUCUCCUGGACUGGCGAAAUGUUCCGACAGAGGGAAUAGGAUUUUCUCCUGUACAGCGACUCUUUAGCAGGAGGACAAAGACCAAACUCCCAACUGCAAGUACACUUUUACAACCAAAGACCGUUGAUGGUGUGUCAGACAAGAUAGCUUGUAAAAAAUCUAAACAAGCUUAG